AUGACUGAACCGGAUCAGUGCAUCAUAUGCCUGGAGUCGCUGCAGCACCCCUCGUCGCAGCCAGACAGUGCAAACGGGGCGGGACCAGCAGCAACCGCAACAAAACAGGCAGUCUACCGUACCAUCGACUCAGACAUCGAAAUCCUUGAGGAGUCAGAGUCCAACUUCAUUGCCACUCUCGUUGGCUGUAACCAUGUUGUUCACGAUCAGUGCAUCAGGAGUUGGGCCAAGAACUCAAACACUUGCCCCAUCUGCCGAACGCCUUUCAAUGAGGUCAGUCUAUCAUCUGAGCUCAACGGCCCUCCCGUCGAUUCGUACGCUGUUCAGGACAAGAAGCAAGAGCAGGAGUUCGAUAUUCACAGGUGGCUUGAGGAGAACCCUGAAGACGAAGCCUCAGAGCCAAGUCCCGCCUGCCCCAUUUGCGAGUCUUCAGACCACGAAGAGGUGCUGCUCCUCUGUGACGGUUGCAAUGCCGCCUACCACACACACUGCAUAGGCCUAUCUGGCGUGCCACAAACCGAGUAUUGGUACUGCUUCGAGUGUGCCGACAACAACAACAACAACAACGACACGGGUCGGUCCAGCUCGAGUGAGACUUCGGAUGUCGAAGUGCAGCCGCAGCCUAUUACACAGGCUGCUCGCUCAGCAGCCAACCGGCGAAAUGUGGUUGCACGACGAGGCUUCUUGCGUACCCAGUUGCAAGCCAGGAACGCCAGGCGCGAGGCGAGAUCUCUCGAGUGGCAAGGCGCAUGGGACCGGAUCGCGAGCCGCAUCUACGACGCUACUGACAUUGAUCUCGACAAUCACGAAGACGAAGAUCUUUUCCAGGGUUUCCGCCGAGCCCAGGCGCAGAGAGAGCAGAUCCGCGAGAUCCAAGAGCAGGACGACUGGCAACAGCGCAUGAACAUCGCCAGCCGCCUAGGCGCCAGAGAUAUUUUUGCACAAAACAUCCGCCCGACCGUGGGUCAUCGCCUGGAUGGCGCGCCGGUCGAGCCAGUCCCCCAGCCCGCUCCACCUCCUCCAGAAACGAGAGAGGAACAGCAGGCCUGGGGAGCCCUCGAGAGGGCUCGCGAGGCCGAGACAACCCCCAACACCCGCAAGCGAAAGGCGAGAUCCGUCACGGCUUCCCCUCAGGAGCCUGCCCAAGAGCCCGAGCGCAAGCUCAAGCGACCUCGUACCCGCCGAUUGCCUCUGCAGGGAGAAGCUUCUGGGUCCGCUUCUGCCUCAGCUUCUGGCUCUGCAUCGGGCUCUGGGUCAGGAGCCGGCCCUGUCGCUGCGUCCGCCUCAGCUUCCACUUCUGCAUCUGCGGUCACAUCAUCGCCAGCGCCCACAACCGUAUUGGCCUCGAGGCCUCAGACGAACGGCGCGACCCAACGUGCCCAGUCUCCGACCAGUACCGAGCCUGGUCCAUCGUUCCUGUCGUCGCUACUUAAGGAGGUGGAAAUGAGCACUCCGUCGGACGACGAGACGGUGCGGAAUUAUUUCGGCACUCGUUCUGGUGUCGACCCCUCGUCACCGGUGACAUCCCCCUCACCAUCAUCACGCAACUCUCCACGAGCGCUAUCCCUCACACCGCCACCACACCCCCGCCCUAGUUCGCCUACUUUGUCUCUGAGCUCCUAUGUGGAACCGAGGUUCCCCAAGGCCAACUACUCGCCCACUCGAAACACAGGAGACAGCAGCGACUCCGACAGUCGUUCGACUGGGGCCGAAAUUCGCCAGCCUCGACCACAGCGGCCGAAUCGUCAGCGCCCCAACUUUUCUAGGUCGCAGGAUUCUUCUCCCACGCGACCGGCGGCCAUCCCCUUCGAAACCAAGGAGAGAAUCAGCGGCAUCGUCCGGGCCGCCCUCAAGCCUCAUUGGCGCGCACAAGAGCUCACCUCGGAACAGUACGCAACCAUCAACCGAGAUGUCUCUCGAAAGCUAUACGAAGGCCUUCGCGAUCCCCAAACCUUGGACGAAGACGCCAAGAAAGCAUGGGAGAAGAUCGCUUCCAAGGAGGUGGCCCGUGCAGUGGAGGAACUGAAGGCUUAA